AUGCAAAGGCUUACACCGGCCAUUGUCUGCGGCGUACGUUAUCUACUCUUCUUGUUGGAGCAGCCGAGGGAUACAUCAAAAAACAAGAUUGCUCAUAUGAUUACCACUUCUGUAACUUUAAUUGAAAAGGUAAAAGAGAAUAAUUAUUUAAUAGUUUCAUAUCAAAAUGAGCAAAUAAGAAAAGAAUCUUCACUUUCGAACGUUGGCCAAGCGUAUCAUUCUGUUUUUCGUUCGGCAUUAUUUUCGGGAAAAUUGGACGACUAUAUGGGUGCUACCUCCGCGGAGGUACUAUAUUGCCAAUCGUUGCGACUUCCAGGAGAGCUGUUAACACCACGAAUCAAUGAGGGCGACAACAUCAACGCGGAGACAUUUGUUAAACAGCUCAGGCAGCGGUUGCUGGAUAUAAGGCCUGCUGUCAUCACCCGUCAUGGUGACAAGAAGACCUUGCGACGGCAGGGCAAGUAUUCAUCCGCCACGACGGCCCUAAGAAACCUCUCCAACAACAGGGGCCGUAUCGGGUCGUUAAUCCGAGAAAUGAAUGUCAAGGGAAAAAUACUACGGUUUCAAUCGAUCGGCUAAAACCCGCAUAUACGUUGUCCGAUAACAUCAAAGAACCAGCCACCAGCAGCGCCUAACGCACCAGACGUCCCACCAGCACGCGUCCCAGCCCUUCCGGCAGCGGUCUACCCACCAGCCUCCACCAUAAUUCAUCGACAAACGAGAUCCGGCAGACGGGUACGGUUUCCCGAUCGCUUCCAAUCCGGAGUCUCGUGAUCUUCAUCACUGGCAGGGGAGUGAUGUGGGGACUAAACCCUUAAUUAGGUAGUAAAUAUUUUAGUACCCGGAGCCGUUUCUUUCAACACAGCAAAAUUUUCCAUCACUUGCAAACACCC